UUUGAUGGUUUUUCAACAGGUAAUGUGAUGACUAAUAUUGUCAAUACGAUCAUAGAGGGCGUGGAUUCUUUGAUUAAACAACCUGCCGGAUGCGGUGAGCAGACGAUGGUUAGGCUGGCACCAACUGUAUACGCCAUGACCUACUUAAAACAAACACAACAACAGACCGCUUACAUAGAAACAAAGGGAAGUCAAUGGAUUAGAGAUGGUGUAAACAGAGAGGUUUCCCAAUUCAAACAAGCCGACGGAUCAUAUGCUGCCUGGCGAGACCGAACCCCUAGCACUUGGCUCACAGCAUUUGUUGCCAAGGUGUUCUGUCAAGCCAGUAAGGUUGUAAAUGAUGCUGUUGAUCAAGAAAAAGAUGUAAAACUUACAAUUGAUUGGCUGAAUAAUCACGCUGAAGCUGAUGGAUCAUUUGUUGAUAAUAUGCCAGUAAUAAACCGGGAAAUGAUAGGACAAAUCAAUGAAAGAGAUCCUUCCUUAACAGCCUUUGUACUGAUUACCUUACAAGAAUGUGGUAACAGUAAUGCUGGUGUUAAUGCAACAGUCAACAGGGCAAUUAAGUGCCUUGAAGAUCUUUCAGAGGACAUGUUAAAGAAAAAUCCUUACCUGUUGGCAAUUAGUACAUAUGCUUUAGCCAUGUCCUACAGCAAUAGAUCAAUUACAUUUUUUAAGUUCUUACAUGACAUUAAGAAAACUGAUAGGGAGGGUACAUUCUGGGGAAAUCCGGGAGAUAAACCAGCAAACGCCCAUUCUGUAGAAACAACAGCAUACGCCCUUCUUGCUAUGUUGAAAUUCGGGGACAUAAAAACAAGUUCAUCAAUUGUAAGUUGGCUUACGUCUCAAAGAGGUGGCACAGGGUCAUUUAGAACAACACAGGAUACAGUGGUCGGCCUGCAAGCUUUGUCUCAGUACAGCAUCGUUACCUAUUCUCCAGAUGUUAAUCUAAAGGUUUUCUUUUUCGCAGACGGCACGAUGUUUUCAUCAGUAAGAGUAACUAAAGAAAACGCUAUCUUACUAAAAAAUAUAUCAAGGUUACCUGUUGAGACAAAAGAUAACAAACUUACGGUAAAAGUUCAGGGAACUGGAAGUGCAGUUAUGUCAAUUGAUCUCCGUUAUAACAGGCCAGCCACUGCGGAAGAAUCUUGUCCCUUUAAAAUCACUGAUAUUGAUGUUCAAGAGGUGGAAGAUCUACCGAUUGAUACCAAUUUGGCAAAAGAAAGAAACUGUGACGUGUGUGGCCACUGUGCGGGCGUUUACGAUUAUGAUGACUACGACAGCGAUAAUUUUAGAGAUCGGCCAGAAAUAGAACCUAAGAUAAACAGUAACUUUGGAAGAAAGAAAAGAAACACAGACAUACGUAUCAGUGCGACAGCUCAGAAAAAAUGCAUUCGUUUCAGCGUAAGCUCUAUGAAUGAUAAAACAUAUGGUAUGUCUAUUGUGAAGUUUGGACUAGAAACAGGUGUUGAAGUGAUCAAGUCUGAUAUAGAAAAGCUCGUUAAAGAGAACAACACAAACAUUGCACACUACGAAAUGCCAUCUGACGGAAAAGGUUUUAUUGUGUUCUACUUACACGAGAUUUCUUCUAAAAAGAGACGAAAAUUCAUAUUUUCGGGGGUUAGAGGACACUUUUGA